AUGGCUAACGCCUAUGCAAACAACUUGGAAGUUACAAUUGUUUCAGCACGCUCCACAUGCAGUAAAAAACAGGACGUAGUAGUAAAACUGGAAUACAGCAACACCGGUAGCCAAACAAUAUAUAUUCUUGAUUGGUGUUUACCACGCAAUGAAUUAGACGAUCCAUUAUUCACAGUAACAUGUAAUGAUGUUCUCGUUGAAUAUCUCGGUCCAAUGAUCAAACGACGUGAGCCGACCAUUGAGGAUGUGACUCCUCUAAAACCUGGCAGAAUUAUAUCCACUCUUGUUCGAAUAUCGUCAGCAUACGAUAUGACCAAAACUUGCAAUUAUUCAAUCCAUUUUACUAUGCCCAUUGAGCGUGUCAUCUUCAAACCUGUUCAAACAUUGAACACUAUCUCUGGCAAGCCCAUUAGUAAUCUUCAAUCCCAUAUACAGUCGAACAAUAUUCGAUUGGGUAUUGAAGGUCGUCCUAAUAUCCAACGCGAACAAAAUGACAUUAUGAAUGUACGUAAACGAGCAGCCACUCUUUCGUAUGCUUCUUGUACAACAAGCCAAAUGUCCCAAAUUUCCUCUGCUUUCCCCGAGGCUCUUAUCUACGCCAAUAAUUCUUUCAUUUAUUUGAAUACUACAACACCAAACGCAACAAAUCGCUCUACAACUUGGUUCGGUACAUUUUCAUUGGCGAACUGGAAUACGGUAAAGGGACACUUCCAAAAUAUCACAAAUGUGUUUAGUUCACAGGCUAUAACUUUCGAUUGUCGAUGCACCAAGAGGGGCACUUAUGCUUACGUUUACCCAAGUCAGCCAUACAGAAUCUACUUAUGUUCUGUAUUCUGGUCGGCUCCAACGAAAGGUACUGACUCGAAGGCUGGUACACUUAUUCAUGAAACAUCACACUUCAUAGUUGUGGCUGGUACGAAAGAUUAUGUAUAUGGUCAGACGGGAUGCAAAAAUUUGGCCAUAAGCAAUUCCUCGGCAGCAAUUAUGAAUGCUGAUAGCCAUGAAUAUUUUGCCGAGAACAACCCUUCACUUCCAUGA